GCCACGAAGACUCUUGCAGCCUGUCUGCACCCAAUUCGCGCCGUCCAAAUCCCCAUCCGAAUCGGUGGCGCCAUCCACUGGCUCGUGGGUUUUUGUGGUAGGACUGUCGGCGGUGUCCUCAGCGGCAUCCAUGCAGGUACGCAAGACGAUGGCCGUAAGAAGGGAGAGGCAGAUCUUAGCCUUCGUCUUGAUGCUGGCUCUGCUGAGUUGAUGAACUGUGCGACCAAGGGCUCAGAUUUUGAUUGGUUGACGUGGUCUGAUGCGCCACUGGAUUCUCAAGGCUCCUCACAACGUGCGGCCUGCGUCGCUUCCUGCGGUAUAAUAUGA